AUGAGUGGGGACCAUCUGCACAACGACUCCCAGAUCGAGGCGGAUUUCCGAUUGAAUGAUUCUCAUAAACACAAAGAUAAACACAAAGAUCGGGAACACCGGCACAAAGAGCACAAGAAGGACAAGGAGAAGGACCGAGAAAAGUCCAAGCAUAGCAACAGUGAACAUAAAGAUUCUGAAAAGAAACACAAAGAUAAGGAAAAAAACAAGCACAAAGAUGGAAGUUCAGAAAAGCAUAAAGACAAACAUAAAGACAGAGACAAGGAAAAACGAAAGGAGGAAAAGGUUAGAGCUUCUGGGGAUGCAAAAGUAAAGAAGGAGAAGGAAAAUGGCUUCUCAAGUCCACCACGAAUUAAAGAUGAACCUGAAGAUGAUGGCUAUUUUGCUCCUCCUAAAGAAGAUAUGAAGCCAUUGAAGAGACCUCGAGAUGAGGAUGAUGCUGAUUUUAAACCUAAGAAAAUUAAAACAGAAGAUAUCAAGAAAGAGAAGAAACGAAAACUAGAGGAAGAAGAGGACGGUAAAUUGAAAAAGCCCAAGAGUAAAGAUAAAGAUAAAAAAGUUCCUGAGCCAGAUAGCAAGAAAAAGAAGCCGAAGAAAGAAGAGGAGCAGAAGUGGAAAUGGUGGGAAGAAGAGCGUUAUCCUGAGGGCAUCAAGUGGAAAUUUCUAGAACAUAAAGGUCCUGUAUUUGCUCCACCAUAUGAGCCUCUUCCAGAGAGUGUCAAGUUUUACUAUGAUGGUAAAAUCAUGAAGCUGAGCCCCAAAGCAGAAGAAGUAGCUACGUUCUUUGCAAAAAUGCUCGACCAUGAAUAUACUACUAAGGAAAUAUUUAGGAAAAAUUUCUUUAAAGACUGGAGAAAGGAAAUGAAUAAUGAAGAGAAGAAUGUUAUCACCAACCUAAGCAAAUGUGAUUUUACCCAUAUGAACCAGUAUUUCAAAGCCCAGUCAGAAGCUCGGAAACAGAUGAGCAAGGAAGAGAAACUGAAAAUCAAAGAGGAGAAUGAAAAAAUACUAAAAGAAUAUGGUUUCUGUAUUAUGGAUAACCACAGAGAGAGAAUUGCCAACUUCAAGAUAGAACCGCCUGGGCUUUUCCGUGGCCGUGGCAACCACCCUAAGAUGGGCAUGCUGAAGAGACGGAUCAUGCCUGAGGACAUAAUCAUCAACUGUAGCAAAGAUGCCAAGGUUCCUUCUCCUCCUCCAGGACAUAAAUGGAAAGAAGUUCGACAUGAUAAUAAGGUUACUUGGCUGGUCUCUUGGACAGAGAAUAUCCAGGGUUCCAUUAAAUACAUCAUGUUGAACCCCAGUUCAAGAAUUAAGGGUGAGAAAGACUGGCAGAAAUAUGAGACCGCUCGGAGGCUGAAGAAGUGUGUGGACAAGAUCCGGAACCAGUAUCGAGAAGACUGGAAGUCCAAAGAGAUGAAAGUCAGACAGAGAGCUGUUGCCCUGUACUUCAUCGACAAGCUUGCUCUGAGAGCAGGUAAUGAGAAAGAAGAGGGAGAAACAGCAGAUACUGUGGGUUGCUGCUCGCUCCGCGUGGAGCAUAUCAACCUGCACCCGGAGUUGGAUGGCCAGGAAUAUGUGGUCGAGUUUGAUUUCCUUGGGAAGGACUCGAUCAGAUACUACAACAAAGUCCCUGUUGAGAAACGAGUUUUUAAGAACUUACAAUUAUUUAUGGAGAACAAACAGCCUGAGGAUGACCUUUUUGAUAGACUCAAUACUGCUAUUUUAAAUAAGCAUCUUCAGGACCUCAUGGAGGGCUUGACUGCCAAGGUAUUCCGUACCUACAAUGCCUCCAUUACGCUACAGCAGCAGCUAAAAGAACUCACAGCCCCGGAUGAGAACAUCCCAGCGAAGAUCCUAUCUUAUAAUCGUGCCAACCGAGCUGUUGCAAUUCUUUGUAACCAUCAGAGGGCACCACCAAAAACUUUUGAGAAGUCCAUGAUGAACUUGCAAUCUAAGAUUGAUGCCAAGAAGGAACAGCUAGCAGAUGCCCGAAGAGACCUGAAAAGUGCUAAAGCUGAUGCCAAGGUCAUGAAGGAUACAAAGACCAAGAAGGUGGUAGAGUCAAAGAAGAAGGCUGUGCAGAGAUUGGAGGAACAGUUGAUGAAGCUUGAAGUUCAGGCCACAGACCGAGAGGAGAAUAAACAGAUUGCUUUGGGAACCUCCAAACUCAAUUAUCUGGACCCAAGGAUCUCAGUGGCUUGGUGCAAGAAGUGGGGGGUCCCAAUUGAGAAAAUUUACAACAAAACCCAGCGGGAGAAGUUUGCCUGGGCUAUUGACAUGGCUGACGAGGACUAUGAGUUCUAG